CACGUACUUUCAUUCGGAGUAGGUAACGACACGAGAAAAGUGUAUCAACUUUGUACAGUUUUAACCGAGGGAUUCUUCUUUUGGACUUUCGGUAAAUAAGAGCAGAAGAAACCCAGAGGUCCUUAGAGUGACCAACAAAAGACAUGUCGGUUGUGUGGAUUUUCGGAAGUUGGGCGAGCUGGAACAAGCUCCGGGGUAACGAUGAUGAUGACUGGGUGGACCGCGUCAAUCACAUCUACACCGUGGUCCUUCUGUGUAUUUUCGCCGUGUUUACAGGUGGUGGACAGUAUGUAGGAAAUCCUAUAGAAUGCUGGUGUCCAGCGCAGUUUACGGGGUCCUACGUUGCGUAUACGAAGUCCUAUUGCUGGAUUAAAAAUACGUACUAUGUUCCUCUUGAGGAAACGAUCCCUCUGGAUCAUGAAACCCGCCGACAGGAGGAACUGACCUACUAUCAGUGGGUCCCUAUUAUUCUCGUCUUCAUGGCUUUUAUGUUCAAGGUACCCUGUCUUGUAUGGAGAAUGCUGAAUGGCUACUCAGGACUUAACCUAGAAAAAAUCGUCAACAUGGCAGCCGGAACUCAGACUGCUGAGCCAAAGAAGAGAGAUGAAACUGUAAAACACAUUGCCCUGUACAUGGACCGUUGGUUGGAGACCCACCGUCAAUACAACUAUAACUUCAUGGUCCGUAUGAAGCAGAAGGCAUCUAAGGUUUGCUGUAUCAUGUGUAAUAAACGCGAAGGCACUUAUCUUACUGGACUGUACAUGUUUGUCAAAGUCUUAUACUGCAUCAACAUUAUCUGCCAAUUCUUUAUCUUGAACGCCUUCAUGGGACACGGAUUCUAUUCAGCGUAUGGUCUAGAAGUUCUCGACGGAUUGGCCAAGAACUACGAGAUCAAAGAAAGCCGCCGUUUCCCGCGUGUCACACUUUGUGACUUCGACAUUCGUCAGCUGCAGAACCUCCAGAGGUGGACGGUUCAGUGCGUGCUUCCAAUCAACCUGUUCAACGAGAAAAUCUUCAUUUUCCUGUGGUUCUGGUUCGUGGUUGUUGCCGUGAUUACAUGCGGCAACUUCUUGUUCUGGAUCUGGCGCGUGCUUGUGAAGCAGAACCGUGUGGCCUACAUCAAGAAGUUCCUGAAGGUGCGUGACGAACUCCAUGGCGAGGACGACAAGAAGAUCUGUCGCCAGUUUGCUGACCAGUACCUCCGUGAUGAUGGUCUGUUUGUUUUAAGAAUCGUAUCUAGGAACACUAAUGCUAUCUUGCUAACUGAUUUGGUAUUGAACUUAUGGGGUAUAUAUAAGGAAAAACCCUUAGUGAAAAAAGCCCUUAGUGACGAUUAUGGCGAAACGCACGCUUAAAAAGACAGUAUUGUGAAAGUUAAGUUCAAAUGGGAAGUGUGCAAGAGACAUUCCAAGUAGCGAGAGUUGACACAAAUAUAUACUUUAUGCCAUUUGUGUUGGUUUGAACAGGUGCUUAAUUUUCGUAGUCAAUCAGCUUAUGACGUCAGAAAUAACGACACUUCCGUUUAGUCUUGCUCCUGCCUUUGGUGCUAAGCAUUAGAUGAUGGGCAAGACAAGGAUGUUUAAGCCUAGUCAUAACAUUUGGGCAUUGACAUUUCCAUCUAUGCAGUCGAUAAUUACUUUUAAAAUUUUGAUUGAUAUUUGAUCUUCCAGACACAGUUUUAUAUUUAUUUUAACGCAGAAUGUCCACCGAAUCUCAAUCAUUCCGUGUCCAGUGUCUUCCAAUCGAGGUAACUACAGCAAAGAAAGGAUUCCAUGUCCAUGACACCAUAUAUUUUUUUUAAAAAUUUUUUAUUGUUAUGUCAUGUCAAAUUUUGAAUUUCUUGAGAAUAUUUUUUUCACAACUCGUACUCGAUAAAUUCAAAAGUGAUCACAUGACACAUGUAGCUAUGGUAUUUGUUACUCGUUGAUUGGCCAGUGAUUUUUGUAAAUUCAUGAUCAUAAUGAUAUUUCUUUCACCUAAAUUGCAAUUCAUAAAUCAACGAAUAAUUUUUCAGAGCAAAGAAACUGUGAUAAAACCAGUUGCAUUCUCAUGAUAUUAUUUUUUUUUUCCAGAUAUAUAUUCUAUUUUUGAAUAAAUUUUCCAUAUACCAUUUUGUCUGACAUUUCGGUUUGGGUGAAGUUGUUUUUGGAAGCAUGAGUUUCAGGGACCAAUGUGUUGUUAGUAUUUCAUGUUCAGUUGUUAAUAGGUCAAGGCCCAUAAAUUUUGUUGAUCUCUGAUUUUUUGCAUGUGUUCAUAAUAUUGUAAUCGCCAUGCCUUUCAUUCAUUGCUCGCUAUAAUUAAUCGGAUGACCAAUUAAAAAAAUUGCUUUUUUGUUUGGUGUAUGUUAGCAAGGUAACUGUACUGUUGUACAAAUGCCACUUGUGAUACUGUGGGCAUUUUACUGAUGUUAAUCUUCAAAGGUUGUAUAAAUUUCAUUGUAAAUUGCCUGAGAAAAUACACGUGCCUUUGUAAUCAGGACCUAAAGGAAUGUACAGUUGUAAACAAUGUUCCGAUAGCAUUUUUAUUUUUUAUGAUGUAUUUUAGUGAUUAUAAAAUAUUUUAUGACUAAUAAUUCAAAUUGCAAUACUUAGUGAAGUUGUUUAAAUAUAUAGUUCAGAAAUAAAAAUAAAUAAAAUUAUGCUUUCUUA